AUGCUUUCAACUCUUUUCAACCAAUUUAAUACUGGAGAAAAACUCAGUUGUGCUGUUAUUAUUACUUGUCUUCAGCGAGAUGUACAAUCUGCGCAAGUGUCUGAACAUUUGUUGAUAGCGACACAGCCGCGAACUGGGAAGAAUACAAGACGGUUCACGAAACGUGAAAAACUCCUAGUUGGCGUAAUAGUCUUCCUUGUUUCCUUAUUUGUUCUUAUGGCAAUGGUCUUUGGAUUUCUGUACGCAAAGAAGGCUCGCUCAAACUCGCAGAUUAAAGAGAAAAACACUGCAUCCUACCCAUGCGUAACAAGAGAUUGCGUUUUCACAUCUUCAGGUAACUUUGCAAAGUUUUCUUCAUAACCGAAAAAGAAUCCAUUCAACUACUCGUGCAUCGCACUAAAAAAUAAGUACAGACUGCCUUCAUUUGUGAUUGUUGCCCAGUGGAAAGUUGUAAAAUAAACGCGACCGCCCCUUAUCUCCUAUAACCUUCAUGAUAUCUGAAUCAUGAUUAUUCUACAAGAAGACCAAAGAUCUUACUUUCCCCGUUAUAUUGUCUUGCAGACUUGUUUAGUUUCUUAGAUCCCAAUGUCAAUCCUUGUGAGGACUUUUAUAAAUACGCAUGUGGUGGAUGGAUAAAGAAAAAUCCGCUUCCUAAUCAGAAGGAAGAAUGGAAUCAAUUUACCAAACUGGAGGAGGAAAGUAAUCAGUUUUUCAGAGAGAUUCUACAUAGUAAAGAGAAGCAAGCUGAAUAUUCUAAGGUAAGUUCGUAACAGACACUUGCUGUUCCCAAAAUUUCAGUCUUGAUAUUUAUGUAUGGAGAUGACUAGUCCUUACUAGCGUGCCAAUUUUUGUAUUUAAUUUCCUUCAAGCUUUCGUCCUUCAAGAAAGGGAUAGCUUACUAUAAGUCGUGUUUGGAUACAAAGGCAAUUAACAAAAGAGGAACCAAGCCUUUGGAGGAUUUGUUAAAGGAAUAUGGAUCUUGGACUUUGACUACAGACGACUGGAAGGAAGAAUCUUGGGACAUGAUAAAAUAUCUUGCGUUAAUGAGAAGAAAACUGUCUUUAGGACCCCUGUUUACCGUGUUUGUAGGUGCUGAUCCACGGAACAGUAGCGUCAAUAUCAUCCAAGUAAGCUCAGUUCAAACGAAAGUUAAAUCUAGUAGCAUUUUGAGUUUUGACUUGGUCAUGAUCUAAAUUAAGUUUCUCCCUUAACGUACCUAUGAGAAAGGGACUGUUACCGGCCACAAGUGUCGGUAAUUACGCGUGUUAAGGUCUUUGAUUUUGAAGAUUCCAUUGGAAAAGGGAGUGUAUACGUCAUUCAGUCAACUCCGUCAAAUACCGACUGGGGCCGGAGAGAGCCCGAGGUAAAAGUGGGCGUAGCAAUCAUAUACUUACGUGUAAACGAGUGUACCUCCAGAAAUUAGAAACAUGUAAUUUUAACUCUUGAGUUCAGCUUAUGUUUACUGGUUAUGUACGUGUAAUAUUGGGAAAUAAGUGGCUUCCAGAAUUCGAUCAGCAUGUAUGGCGAAGUAACCAUCAUUGCGCUGCCUACGAUAUGUAAUUAGAAUAAGACAUCAAAAACGCUACACGGCGUAAUGCUUAAGUUUAAAACCCAUUUCUACUGUAGUUUUACGAUACGCCCUGGGUUCUAGAUGGAGUCAGUCCCGUGUUCAUCUUGAUAGUGACGUGUGUUUGUGCUCCUUGAGGUUUCCCUUAAUAGAGGUUCCACGGAAGUGUUACUGUACAGUGAACGGGAUGCAAGUUCAUAGUGUUUGUUUCAUCAAGGAUAGCUUGUUGUACUGUCUCAAGUUGCCCUCUCGUUAAAUUGAAUCUGCAAACCCUCCACUCCUUACUAUCCAAUAUCUUACUACUUGUUAUUACUUUUCUCACUUCUUUUUCUUUUUUCGAUUCUUUCCCAAAACGAUUAUUUUUAUUCUCACAUCACUUUUGUUUCUAGAUAAGACCGUUAGCCCUUUUGGGUCUUUCACGAGGCCGUUUAACUUCUAAUACCACCUAUGGAAUUAAGGUAUGUUUAUUUCGAUUGAAAGUGAUUAAAAGAAAAAAAUUGAAACCCAUGUCGCAAAAGUAUCCUUCUUUUCUUUCACUGUUUAUCUCGUAUUUCUAAGGGAAAUAGCAGAGAAAUACCGCCCAGCUAGAGUACAGAUAGUGAUAUAAAUUUCAGACGAAAUUCUUGGCAAUUUUGAACUCGCCUAUAAUUUUCCCAACAUGUUAAAUUAUCACGGAAUUUAUCGACUUUUUUUGAUCAGAAAAUUGUGUUUCUUGACCAGUCAGGUCAUCUACAUGUAGUUGUACAAAACUACCUAAAUAUAGGUACAUGUUUUGACCCAUUUCUAGUAAAAGAGUUGCGAAUAGUUUUCCAAAGUGUAACCGUCCAUCGACACCAAGAAGAGGUUUUAUUUCCCAAAUUUGUUUUCAUGUCAAGCUAGCAAAUAGAACGGCAACAAAGCAUGCUCGAAAGCUGCUUUCACUGUCUGAUUUUAAAUAUCAAUGAUAUUUGAACAGUAGAAAUUGUCACAUUGUUUCGCUAACGAAUUUUGCGUUCUUUCUAAGGGACGAAAGGUUUAUAGGGAACUUAUUUUGAAUCUAACUAAAGCACUUGGAGCAAAAAAUGAUUCACUCCCAGACAUCCUGAAUAUCAUCGAUUUUGAGAUCAAACUUGCUAAGGUUUGUUUCGUUGCAUCAUUGAGUAAUAUUAAUUGUAUUUAUAUGUUUCUUUCGCCAUCGUUUCUGUCGUCUUAGAAAUCUUUGUAUUAAUUAUCAUCAUUGUGCACAGAUCAUGCCAAGUGCCCCCAAAGCGUAUGAUGACGAAAAUAUGUACAAGAAACUGACUGUUAAAGAGCUUGACCAAUAUGCUGGUAGCAACAGGGUAUGUAGUCUGUAUAUACUGAAUAGGAAGCUUUACAUUACCAACGUAAAGCUUCCCAAAGUUUAAGUCACGUUCCUUUGAUUGGCAGAUUUACUGUCAUCACAAUUCAUUGUUGCGGGGGUGAGGGGAAUCACCUAUGAAGACUUACAUAGGUAUGUUACAUCCCAGAGGAUGUAACAUAUCUACCCCCGCAAGAAUUCCGAGGGGCACCCCGCUCGGGAAUGCGGCUUUAAUUGACUCUUAAUCGGAACUUCGACAAUCCACCCCACAGGAUUUCAAGCCGAAAAUGUCCAGAAAGAUAUAAAUCCUGGAAGGUUUUUAUUGCCCAUUAAGAAGUAAAUAAAUUAUCCAUAUAUUUUGUUGUUGUUUUUAUAGAUGAAAUGGAAAGUAUUCCUCGAGCAGCUUUUGUUGCCUGUCACUGGCAAACAUGUCUCUGAUGAAGAACUUGUUAUAGUUUAUGGAGUAGACUUCUUAAAAAACAUAACCAACCUUCUCGAUGACACACCAAACAGGUGAACGCAUAACAUGAUGUAAUGGUCGGCAAGGCAGGCAAGGAAAGGCUUUAAUCGAUCAGUGUUUACCCUGUACAAUUAUUGGGUCUGCUACCUGUAUAACUUGAAUCACGAUGAUCACUUGAUUGAUUUUAUUUCACCACUUGAGAGUUUAUUUUUAAAUUCUAAACAAAAUUGUGUUUUGCCCGUCACUUUACUUAGCGUCUAACCCAUACAGUUCUGUCAUCAAUCAAAUGCCUUUAAUGGUUUGUGGAAAAUACUACAAGCACGUGUUGUGGUUUGCCCUAAAAGCAGUUGUAAGUACUGAUUUAAUGAACACCUACUGAACUCAGAAAAUCUUUCAAAGCUCUUACCUCCGCGUGAAAAAGUUAAAAAUAGUUGAUUAAGAUGACGAUCUGCUAUAAUCUGCCAUGUCGGGUAUAACCAGGCGCGAUUUGGUAAAGAUUUGAUGUGUUGACUUGCUCUUCUCUUUACUUCCUUUAAAGAACCAUUGCUAACUACAUGAUGUGGCGAUUGGUAGACUCCGUAUACUUACGCCUGGGAGACGAAUUUGAAAAGAUUUUGGAGAACUUUUUCAUAACUUUAGAGGGCUACUGGAUACCUAUCUCGCGAGAUGAGUUGUGUGUUCAACUGAUGAGAGAAAAAUACUUUGCUGCACCUCUCUCCAGAAUAUAUGUGGACAGUCUCUUCAAUGGGAACAGCAAGAAAAUUGUAAAGAAAAAUACUGCAAUUUUUGGGGGAGCAGUCAAUCUUUUCUUAGUGGGGGAGUUCUUGAAAAGGAGUGUGUAUGCUGCAAGUGACUGCAAGCGCAGUAAAAUUUUACAUGAUUUUAAUUUGCUCGUAGACCAACUAAUUUUGGACUAUCUUCCGCCUCGAAACAGUGCUACACGAUAAGUCGUAUGGUCAGGACUAGUCUAGACUAUGGUUGUGCCUUCCUGGACACGAGGUGAACUCCAUUUAGCUUUGUAACUUGAUGUAUCCUAUAAAACUAUUUCAGGCAAAAGAGCUGGCGGAUGAUAUCAAGGAAGCGUUCGAACAGAACAUAUUGGAACUUGAUUGGAUGGACGAAAAAACAAAAUCUCUCGCUAUACAGAAGGUAACCACAGAUAAUUAUUUCAGCUUCAUGUGAAAUACAAUUUGCGAGGGUCCUUUUAAACAAUAUCGCUUAUUUCUCAAAACAUGGCCGACGUAUGGAGAAGGAACAAUUAAAUUGUCAAGACAUAUGACCCGUUAAGAUAUCUGGGCAACUUUGAAAAAGUCGAUUACAAACAUUGCGAAGGGAGAGAGAGACAAUAUAAGGGUGAGCAUCUCCCCAGGCAUCACAAUUCAACAAAAUGACAACAGCCAACACUUCUUAGUCCGACCGUUUGCAGUCAGUUUACCCUAAGAUAAUCGCACCUUCCGCGAGAAAAGACGAUAAGUUAGCGAUUGAAGAAUAAGUCCAGUAACUUCGAAAAGAACAACUUCCAUUUUAAAAUUGUUAUAACUUAUGACCCUGCACUAUUUCGAUUCUCAUUUAUCAUAUGUCUGUUUUGACUUGGCAGGCGAAAAUGAUGGUGGAGAACAUUGGCUUUCCAGAUUACAUUGUGGAUGACAAGCUUUUAGAUGAGGAGUACAAGGAUGUAAUUAAAAUAAAUUAUUAGAUUAUUAUAGCUCAGAGAGUCAUUAUUUACUGGGAAGUACCUAUUUCAAGUUAUUAUUCAAUUAGCAUUCUCUUAUAACAGUAGUUAUGUAUUGAAGAAACUGCUCACCAACUUCCUAAAAGUAAGGACAGAUUAGUAGCGUUGUACAACGGAUAACAUGAGUGUUUUUUAUAUGAGCCUUUAGCAUGGGAGACAAAAUGACCAAUCCUUACGUUUUCGACGUUAAAUUUAAAGUUAUCUUUUCUCAUCUCAUCUCAUCUCAUUUCAUCUCACCUUGUCUCAUCUCAUCUCAUCUCAUUUCAUCUCAUCUCAUCUCAUCUCACUUCAUCUCACCUUAUCUCAUCUCAUCUCAUCUCAUCUCCUCUCGCCUCAUCUCAUCUCAUCUCAUCUCAUUACAUCACAUCUCAUCUCAUUACAUCACAUCACAUCACAUCACAUCACAUCACAUCAGAUCUCAUUUCAUCUCAUCUCAUCUCAUCUCAUCUCAUCUCAUCUCAUUUCAUUUCAUCUCAUUUCAUCUCAUCUCACUCCAUCUCACCUCAUCUCAUCUCAUUUCAUCUCAUCUCAUCUUAUCUCAUCUUAUUUCAUCUCAUCUCAUCUCAUUUCAUCUUACCUCAUCUUAUUUCAUCUCAUCUCAUCUCAUCUUAUCUCAUCUUAUUUCAUCUCAUCUCAUUUCAUCUUACCUCAUCUCAUCUCACCUCAUCUCAUCUCCUCUAGUCUUAUCUCAUCUCAUCUCACUUCAUCUCAUCUCAUCUCAUCUCAUAGCAUUUCAUCUCACCUUAUCUCAUCUCAUCUCAUUUCAUCUCAUUUCAUUUCAUUUCAUUUCAUCUCAUUUCAUCUCAUUUCAUCUCAUUUCAUCUCAUCUCACUCCAUCUCACCUCGUCUCGUCUCAUGUAAUCUAAUCUCAUAUCUUCUCAUCUUGUCUCAUUUCAUCUAGUCUCGUCUCAUCUCGCUUCGUCACGUCCUAUCUAGUCUCGUCUCGUCUUAUCUAGUCUCAUCUCGUUUCAUCUUGUAUCGUCUUGUUCAUCUCCUCUCCUCUCCUCUCGUUCCGUCUUAUCUUAUCCUACCUUAUUCAAUAUUUAUAACCCAUGGCCAACCAAGGUGAGAAGGGACUUACCGAAAAUUUUAAAUGACGAACGACAAUUAAUCCAAGAGUUGAUCAUUUAUUUGUCUUUGUGACUACAAUAAGGUCAACUGCAAUCAAACAACCUACUUUGAGAAUGAGUUAUCAUUGGACCAGGCCAUAACAGAAAGAGAUCUUGCUUACUUUGGAAAACCUGUCGACGAGUCUGGGUAAUUGUAGACUUACGUGCUCAUGGCUAACUUGUAGUGAAUUUCAAAUUUCUGUUGCCUUUAUAUAAGAGGAGCCCUUGACUGUCGUUGUACUAGAGUUACUACAGAUAUAAUUUUUUAAGGUAUUUUAGCAGAGAAUAUAGUUAGCGUAGGCAGAGGGGAGGGAGUGCAGUUAUACCGUUCGGUACAAAAGAACGUUUUGAAAAAAGUCUUAUCACAAUUAAAGAAUCUAGUUCAUUAGUUUAAAAAAACUACUUCAAAAAAUAAUAAAUAGGCUUAUAAAUGAAAGAGGGUUUGUGUAAAGAGAAUUGAUAGUGAGAAUAACAAAUUGCUUUUUAUUAACAUCAUUUUGAUAACUCAGAAUCAUUUGCUGCAAUGUACGAAAACUUUUUUCUUGCGUGUACGUUUGCUUUCAAAGUAACUGCUAAUUGUGUUUAUCAAAUAGGUGGGCUCUAUCACCAAUAUCCAUCAACGCCUACUACGAUAUGUUGGCCAACAAAAUGGGUGAGUUAGAGAAAUUUGUUCUAUUUGAACAUUUAAGCUCACUCAUGUCAAAGGACCCUUAUGGCUCAGAGAUACUGUAUUUGUUCCGAAAUGGCUUCUGUUUACAUUCUGUCGUUUAUCAAACGAUAAUUAACUGCGGAUUGAAGCGUAUCCGUAGGAGGCGUCACAAAACAUUUAUUGCCCAUCAUAACAGGAGGAAAAUUACCGGUACCAAAGAUUUAUGCCACGAAACCAGACUAUCGAAUGACUUAUUUCGCUUGUAAAGUAUGCUACUUAGCUGGGAAUACCUUUGCGAUAAUAAUUUAUUUCGAUUGGUUUUAGUGUUUCCGGCGGCUAUUCUACAAUCCCCAUUUUACAAUAGGAAGUAUCCCAGGUAAGUGAGUGAGAAGGACUUAGAGUCAUUUUUCAAAUGGAUGUUAGACUUGUCCCUGGGAGUUUCUAGUAGUCAGUGUUCAAUUGUGCGCAUGUGUAAAAGAGUGAUACAGCAUUAAAACUGAUUUUCAGUGGUCAAUCGAUCAUCAUGAGAGGUUAGUAGAUACUUUCUCUAAAAGAUAUACAAUCUUUUACAAUUGAGUUUUGAGUUUCCCUUGUUAUCAAGGUUGAUGCUAUUCCUUUCACCUCAGUCGUCUGAUCACUGAUAUCAUAGGAAAAUUCAUUACCUCAUGGGGAAUUCCGCGUUAAAUUGCACGCGAAAACCGAUAUCGCAUUCACCGCUUCGUGAUUCGAGCGAUUAUCGGUUUUCAAGUGCAAUUAACGCGAAAUUCACGAGUCAGGUGAUGAAUUUUUCUUGAAACCCAUGAUUGAAUAAAUAUAAGAAAAAAAGAAAACAGUUAUAAUACUGUUUGUUUUUAUCCUGGGCGCGCGCGAGAGAGCCAUUUCAAAGUCAACUGUCAGAACUGUCAUUGCGUUAGCGAAUAGGAAGCAGGGUCAGUCGUACAAGUUUGAAUCCACGACAACUUUAUUUGUACCUUGAGCUUGUUUUUACAUUUGCUUUCAAACGUUUUAAACAAGAUUCACACAAUCUUCGGGAUAAUGGUGGUAUUUAACUGAAUUUACAAGCCGUUUAUCCUUAACAUCUUUUUUCAAAUUUCUAAAUCAUUUGCUCGAGAAGGAAAACAAUUUACACCUUUUACCUCUUUGGUGGCAAAACUGAAAGAAAUGAAGUGUCCAAACGAAAGCACUGAAAGUUUAGCAUCGCGACUAAAGAUAUUUUUCCUUCUUCUGUAUACAUGACAAUCGACUCUGGCACUUCUUCCGUUGUCGCUUCUUCGUCUUGUUUGGUUGAACUUUUGCUUGCCAUUUUCUGGGCCGUGUCCACUGGAUUUUCUCGCUUUUUCGUUGUCGCGAGCUAAAGAGAUUUUUAUGCCUCUCAAAUAAUUUGUAGUUCAUUUCAAAACAGGGAACCUCUGGCUCACUUUGAAAAACGCUUUUGUUCGUUUUUGGCUCUUCAAAAGGUGACAAUGGUUUUGAAAACACUUUAAAAUGACAUUGCAGAAAACUUUCUUACGAUUUGACGAUAGUUGUUAUGUUUACGUAGGUGCGAAGCAAUAUCACUUGGCCUCGUUUUCAACCCGCAACUCCACGCUUAAUACUUCGCUUCGUUGACCAAUCAGAAUGCGACAUUUUAUUCAAUUAUGCGAUUCUAACUCAAACCGAUUUGUCCUGCCACUAAAUUCAAAUAAGGUCAACUUCACUGAUUCCCGAGGAAAACAACUUGAAAUUAGAACUUGAACUUUCGGAACGCGGUAAAUUUUUGUCUAGCCUGAGGCAAGAAAACAUCUUUUUGAAGUCAUAGAAGUUACACGCUUUCAAACGAGAUCUGAAGAAGAAAUUGCUACAUAUAGCAAACUCUUAUUAGCUGGUCCCAGGGGAGACAGUAAUUUCUUCUUCUCUGCUACUCUCAGUGUUCCCUGAGGGAAAAGCGAGGGGAAUAUUAAGGAUCUUGGGGCAACAAAAUCUAUUGUUUCCCCUGAGGCCAGUCAUUCAGUUCUUCAUCGUAAAAUUUAACUCUCGACUCUUUCUUAUCACGUGAUUAAUUUACCUUACCUUAGUCGUGAAUCCAUUGUGUUAACAAGUUCUCAAAGAUACUUAAAUUAACGUUGAUUAUUCAGCCAGAUCAUAGUUAAGGGAUAUAUCAAAACUUGAUAAGAAACUUUUACCAGGUCGUAUUACUCUCAUGUGAAUUAGAAAGCAUUUUAAUUUAUACUUCGCUAUGAAUGUUCUAAGGCUCAAUUCAUAAACGUGUUGAAGAAGUAAGGUCAUUUUGACACAGAAAAAUUCUCUCGGAAUAAUUGGUUACCAUACAUCUAUAAGUAUAAUUUUUAUAAGCGUAGCACCGCUUUCCGUCUCGACAGGGCUGUGUUGUACGGAGGGGUUGGUGCCAUAAUGGGACACGAACUAACUCACGGAUUCGACGUGGACGGUAAGUUCGUGCCGCUCUUCACGCCGUAGAAAACUAGCUGUCUUUCCAAGCAAACGAAAUAUGUCCUUCCUAACUGUGCGCAUACUUGUAACUUGCGAUAAUUUUGAGUUUUGUUCUAUGAUCACAGGGAGGCGGUUUGAUAUGAAAGGAGAUGAACGGAACUGGUGGAGUGAAGAAACUCUUAAAGCGUUCAAAAGAAAAACCGAAUGUCUGAAGGAUCAAUACUCUAAUUUUACAUUCGAUGGAGGCACGGUAGGUUUUUUCCUUUUUGUAUUUCGUGCCGCGGUUUACCGUGCUCAGGAAUCACUCCUAAAACUGAAAUAUCAUUUUACACCUCAGAUUGAUGGCGAGAAAACUUUGUCAGAAAACAUAGCCGAUAAUGGAGGAGUCAAACAGGCCUUCAGGGUAACUUCUGAACCUUCAAUUCCAAUCCGCAACAGAGAAAUUACUUUCAAUAGACUUUCUUUCCAACAAACUAUUUUUCCCCUAUUUUGUAAAAAAAUAUAUUUGACUAAAAUCAUAAUAAACCUUAUAAAGAGCGUCGACGACUAUUGGGUCUGACUAGGAGCUAACGCUAACUGUGGCCAAUUUACUAAAUUGCCCUAAUGAAUUAAACUACGGUUUUCUUCAUUUCUUUAGGCUUAUCAGAACUGGAUUGCGCGGAACGGCAACGAACCUCAGCUGCCUGGAAUGAACCUCACAAAUGAUCAGGUGUUCUUUAUAAGCUUUGCAAGAGUAAGUAACUGAUUUUUAAGACUUGUCAACAUUUUGUCAAUUAGGAAGAUAGCUUUAUAUGAUCAGCCGAAUUAUCGGUAUAUGCGCAUUAUGAUCGGUCAUUGCUGAUGAUCUAUUGAAGAAGAGACGCCUAGAUGACGUAGCCAUUGACAACCUAGAUCCAUGUUGCCGUGUGUCUUUUCAGUAGUAGAUCACAGAUGAUUUCAAAAUCUGGUAAGAACAAAAAAGUGGCACACGAGGCUCAAUCAAGUGUGUCACUGAUGUGACACACUUCAAUGGGGUACACGGCUAUCUUCGGUCUUUAUUUAUUGGUUGUAUGCUCUCUACUAAGAAAAAAAAGUGCUGUCUCGGAAACAUCUACACCUACCUGUGGUAUGGCAAGACGAGUGUGAAGGCCAUUGACUGGAUUGUAUUGAGUUGAUCCACACGUCUGACAGCUGGCUUAACCUAUGUUUUUUCAGACAACCAACUCAAUAAUUAUAUUUCUGUGUGGAAUAUAAAACAAAAAUCCUUGAUUUUUCAUUGUUUGCUAGAGUUGGUGUUCAGUUUUUUCAAGUAGAGGGGAGGAAUUUGCUUUAUCAAGUGAACACAGCCCAGCCCCUUGGAGGUAACGUUCCUUUCUACUAAUAUCCACUUCAAGCUUUUUCCUGUAGAAUAGAUGUGUACUUUUCUAUCAAAGAUAUCUCGUAUCUCUUCUAAAGCGCUCGUAUCGGCGAAGCGUACCUCAUUUAUCGUUCUUGCAUGAAAUGUAAAAAUUUUUCCUUUUUUGGAAACAAAUUGGUUUUAUGGUUAAGCUGCUAGAUUGUGAUCGUUAUAUCUAAGAUAUCGUGUUGCAUAUCAAGUCAUACUAACCCCAUUCGGACACAGGAAGCUAUCGAGACUCAGCUGGCCAUAACAUCUUGCAGUUUUGCAUAACAAUUGUUUGCAUAACGAUUGUUAGCUAAACUUGUGGCACAUCUUUGAACUCGCUGUAUUUUCACUUCAAGUCAUUUCGGUAGUGGAUAUACUACAAUGUCAUCGUAAUCAAGUUUCAAUAGUACUAAUGCCUUAAAAAUUUCAUAACAUUUUUAUGUGACAUAAGCCGGGCUGAGGAAGUUGACAAGCGCAAGAACGAAAAUAUUGUUACAACUUGUAUCAAUAUAGUUCGAGGUUCCAACGUUAGAUGAAUUUGAAUUUAUCUUCUCUGAGCGCUCAUUCUCUCUCUUAUAAAUCUUAAGACAAUUAUACUCUUUUUGAUUGUUCCUCACUGUUUAUCGUAGGGCAAAGGCAUCAGUGAUGAACUUCUCGGAGUUUGCAAAAGCAUUCAAUUGCCUACCAGGGAGCCCAAUGAACCCAGUCAACAAGUGCUCGGUCUGGUAACGAUAACAAGCCUAGUAUCUAAAUCCGCUGUAAAAUUCAUGUAAUGAAGGGAAUGUGAUUCAAAGUGUCAAAGAGAUGCAGCUUAAUUGGUUCAAACAUUUUUUUUUUUUUUUUUCAUAACGAUCAAUCUUUGAGUAGCUCGAGACGAAGUUUGGCUAAUAAGCUACCAUAACGGCAAAGCCUAAGAAAUUAUGAACGAAACUAGCACUGUUAAAUUAAUUGUGUUCGCUGUCUGUGACUGAUAGCAGCGUGGGCCUAGCGUAUGUGGGGAGCUGCCACCAAGAGGUCAUUAUUUUUAUUGUGGCAUUCCAAGAAAGCAGCUGCAUGUUACUACCUGUGAGAGUUUUUAGAUUUUUAUUCGACAUAGGCACUGCCCAAUGGUACAAGGCAUUUGCUUUUUUUCUAUCUAGUGCCCUCAUUUAGCGGUGGUCACACACUUGAAUGAAUGCUGCUCAUAAAGGGGCUAGCUACCUACUAACUACACUAAAUAUAUUUACACCUUGCUUUUUCAGCGCAGAGAGGUGCUAGGAAAAACUUUUAGGUUUUCAAACACAAGGACCUUGUUGUCCUUGCAGAAAUGAGAAUGUGCAUCUGCGUCGAGAACUCUUUAGUCUAUUUGGUAUUUCUUUGCACAGCAGAAGCAAGAUAUCAAAAUAAUGAUCUUACUUGUUUUUUAUUAAUUCUUUGUCUCGCUGCUGCUUUAAUGUUAUAGGUCCUUUUAUCACCAUUGCAACGAUGAAAUCCUUAAGAGAAUUAAUUCUAAGAACAAAGGGAACAAAGCAUUUGGAAAAUAAAUAGUAAUAAAGUUGGCAUAUUGUGUUUGUUCACAGCGAUUCAGCCUCUCUUAAUGAUAUUACGUUUGUGGUCUUUCAUCUGUCUGUUUUCCAACUGAUGCUAUCAAUUAUUCUGUUUGACGUGGUGUUGAUUACAGAAAUUUCGUUGGCCUCAAGAACAUUUGGAGGUGAAGCAGUGAUAUCAAAGCAUAGCUUAGCACCAUCCACAAGCC